AUGUCUUGGCCAUUUUUAUUUACUUCCGAACAUAAGAUAAAUAAACUUGAUAACUCUUCAAAUUCAUUUCAAACAUCAACUAAAAUUAAUACAAACGAAGAAGAAGAUAACAAUGAACAUGAACAAACAAUAGUAGAAAAUCAUUCAUUAUUAUCAAGAUUGAAAUGUGUUGGUGUUUAUUGGCGUCAAAUUUUUUUAAACAAAAUUCAUUUUGCAUUAACGUUGGUAUUUGUUAGUUUGUAUAAUAUAGCAACACGAUUAAUGCGUUUCACACGACAAAUAAUCUUAGUUCGAUCAGCAUCUCCAUCACCAUCCAUAGUAACUGUGUCAUCAAAUCAAAUAGUUGAAGAAGAUAAAAUUCAUUCUUCUACAUCUUUAGAAAACUUUAAUUCUCAAUUUGAUUUGCCAUCAUUAGAAAAUUCUACAAUGGCACAUUUACUUGUUCAACAACAAGUACAUAAAAAUUCAUCAACACAAAAUCAAACACUUGUACCAAUUGAUCAUACAGUUGACGAUAGAUUAUUUUUCUAUAAACAAGAUUCAACAAGUUUAUUACAUUUUCUUCAAAAAUUUACAUCUGAGCCACAAAUAUCUAUGUAUCAUUCACCAUCACAGAAAUUUUUAGAUACUAAUUCAAUAACUUUUCCUUUGUCGAAUACAUUUAUAUCAUCAAAUGAACAACAUAAAAAAGAUGAAGAAGAAGAAGGAGAAAAGCAACAAGAACAAGACGAAAUAGAAAAAUUCAAUUGUGAUCAAAUUGAACCGAUAGUAAUAGAAUAUAAAAAGAGUAACACAUUAAACAAUAUUUCAACAUCACCAAUGAUUGAUGAUUUAAAUGAAGAUAGUAUAUUAAAUGCGAAUUUAUUAUUAAAUGAUACACGUCAUUUUCGCAGGCGAAAACGACGUGCAUCAUUAACAAGACAAUCUUCAUCGAGUGAUGAUUCAAUUGAACCUUUAAAAAUAGAUUCAAUUGAGCCUAUAAUAACAGAUUCAAAUGAGCAAAAUGUCACUCAUGAAGAAGAAAAAUUAGAUACUAUUAAUGAAAAUCUUCAACAAUUAUCAAUAGAAAAUCUCUCAUUAAAUGACAAUAAUGAGAUAAAUGAAGAUAAUUUAUUAGAAAAUACAGAGUCGAAUGAUAAAACUUUUACUCCUAGUCGAUUUCGUAUAAGAAGAUUACGAUCUCGAUCAUAUCGUCAAGCAUCAUCAACAUCUGAAGAGUCUACUCCAUCUGAUAAUGCUGUUCAAUUUUUUGUACCUACUGAAACAAUUAUAUCUCCACCUCCUUCUACACCACCUCCUUCUACGCCACCUCCAUCACCAACUUCAGCAACACCAAAUUUAAUCGUAUCUAAUAGCAAUUUAAAACGUACAAGUUCUAUUGGAACAACAAAAAAAAUGGUUCGUUUUGCUGAUUCAAUUGGUCGUCAAUUAGCACAAGUGCAAUAUAUUCAAUCUUUAACUGAUGAUGAUACAAAAGAUUUUUCAUUAUUAAAAAAUAAUCUUUAUAUACCAAAAUCAUUAAAUUUAGAACAUAAACCAUGGUCAUUUGAUGUUGAAUUAACAUCCAAACAAAUACCUGAUGUACGAAUACCAAAGAGAUUUUUUUGUUUAUAUCGUCAACCAAAUUCUGAACAUCCUGAUAUAUAUUUACAUGAAAUAUGGAAAUCACAAGUUAAAUUAGAACAUGCAACUAUGCGUUUAAAAUCAACAACAACCAGUGAACAAUAUCUUUAUGGUACAAUAUGGGUAACAAAUAGUGGUUAUUAUAAAAAUGUAACUAUUAAAUAUACAUUUAAUCGUUGGUUAAAUACAUAUGAAUAUGAAGCUAAACAUUGUUGUCAUUCAAAUGAUUUUCGUAAUAUAGAUCAAUUUGAUUUUCAUAUUGAUAUUCCACAUGAUGUUGAUAGAAUUGAUUUUGUUAUACGUUAUCGUGUCAAUGAACAUGAACAUUGGGAUAAUAAUGAUGGAAAAAAUUAUACAUUAGAAACUGAAUCAGCUUAUACACCACAAACAACAAUUUCAUUACCACAUGAUUGUAAUUUUAAUGAAAUGAGAUUUUAUUAG